UGUGUACCGUAUAUCAUUCGCUGACUUCCUAAAAUUUUAGAGAAUAUGGAAGGCACUGUCGUCACCAUGGAGCCACGAACAGGUAUGAACAGAAGGAAACAUCAACAGCAGCAAGACAUGCUUCGAACUAUGAAUUCGUUUCGGAAAUCACGAACAUUUUGCGAUGUAUUUCUCGUCGUCGAAAAUGGCACACUGCCGGCCCACAAGGUGGUUCUGGCUGCGAAUAGUUCUUUCUUUAAAGCUUCGUUUACGUUCGAGUUGACCAAGGAAAAAUCCACCAGUGAAGUAGAAGUGAACCUGCGGGUGUUUUAUCUCGACGGCAUGGAGGAACUUUUGAAUUUUAUUUACACAGGGGAGUGCGGAGUUUCGGAGAAAAAUGCCGAACAACUUUUGGCCAUGGCCGACUAUUUCGAUAUUCCCAGCCUAAAAGAAACUUGUGCGGAGUUCUUGAUGAUAAGCCUCAAGCCAUCAAACUGUUUAUGGAUUCAGGUUUUUGCCAAAAGAUACAACCAUGAAUUGUUAUACGAAGCUGCCACUGAAUACAUUUGCAAUAACCUUUCGUCCAUUUGGAAAACAAAUGAGUUCUUAUGUUUCGAUUUUAUCGACGUGGAAGAGCUUAUUUGUGGGGAAAGACUCGUAAUCAAAACGCAGAGAGGCGAAGAAGAAGUGUUCGAAGGAAUAAGGGCAUGGGUAAAACACGAUUCAGAAAACAGAGAGAAUUUCUUUGAAGAUCUUUUCCGACAUGUUCGCUUGUCGGCCAUGUCAAUUCAAUUCAUCUCCGAGUUCAUCGAGUGUGACGAACUUGUCACGCAAAGUCACGACAGUCAAAGUUUGGUCACAGCAGCGCUUCGUAUCCCGGAUGAAGCGCGUGACGAGCCUCGCGGUGUCACUGAGAGCAUUGUACUUCUCAGCAAAAACGGCUGUUGUUCUUGUUUUACUCCAGCCACAGGAAUGUGGUAUGACUUGGCCCGACUGCCAAGCUUCAACGAACCUAGAGCAAUAACAAUUUGCGAAGGCCUUCUGUUCGCCAUUGGCUGGCAGGAUGAUCGCCUGACGAUCGAAAAUUUCGAUCCACAGAUAAACACGUGGUCUGAAGUGCUAUCGACUUUGACAAACCUUCCAACGGCAGCUGUGAGUGUGGACGACAGCAUAUUUCUUCUCAAGGAAAAUGGCCUGACUCGUUUUAAGCCAGUAGACCAUUCGUGGGAAGAUAUGGCCCCAAUGGACUCCUCGCGACGGGGCUUGUGUGCGGUUUCCCUGAACGGCCUUGUUUACGCGAUUGGGGGCCACGAUGGACUUAGGCAGCUAGGGCUUAAUAUCGUGGAGCGGUAUGACCCUCAAAGAGACCAAUGGGAGUAUGUUUCCCCGAUGGACGAGAGACGCGCCUUUGCAAGUGCGACUGUAACGAGCAACAAAAUAUUUGUGGUAGGAGGUACUGGGGACCACUUUCUACCGCUACAAAAUUGUGAGUUGUAUGAUCCUAUAACGAACAUGUGGAGUCUUCUCUCUGCAGAGUUGUGUGUUCCACGCUCACACGCCGCUCUCGGAAAAGCAAAGAGAAAGAUCUUCGUGUUCGGAGGAACUUACAGUAACGGUAUCGUGGAGUACUUUGACAGAGAAAAUGAGGCAUGGACGGAAAUCGGAAAGAUGCCGUCCACGUUGUCCUACAAUCACGCAUGCGUCACGUGGUUACCGAAGGCCAUGCUUAAAUCACUAAGAGGCAGUAAGCUACUUUGUGAUCAACAGAAGGGGUAGAUACUGGACAGUUUAAAAGCGGCCGAAGUAAGGACACAAAUCGUUAAGCUCUAAUAAUGACCAGCAUCUAAUUUCUCGGCAACAGUAAUACGAAUUUUCCUUGUCAGUACCUAGGAAAAUGUAUAGAGUAGGGUAGGAAGAAUAUGGAUAUUAAUGAUUGGGUGUAAAAGUUCAAUAUGCUAAAGUAAUCUUGUGAAUUUAGGUCGCUAUCCAAGUAAGGUUGUUUAAGAAUGGUAUUGCAUUAGCCAAGCGGUUGUCAUUUGUUUUCAUAACCGGAAAGGGUCAUUUAUCGUUCUCUCUGUCUUAAACACGUUUGUAAAUAAGGCUAAUUUUUCAAGAAAUUAUGUACAGAAAGUAUUUGUAAAGAUAGUGCGUCGCUUUCAGUAUUCAAAGAUUUUCGCAGGCUGUUUAAGUCAUAUGUUUGUAUCUUAAUCGCUCAUUCUUCAAUACAGCGUUUAUGAUUGGAUUUGUACCCAGGUGCAAAGCUCGUUUCUUUUCCAGAAGUUGUUUGAUCGUGUCACGCAGCCUGCUCUUUCUGGGAAGGUAAUGCGUUGCGUGACCAGACCAAACGACGACUGCGAAGAGGACUCGAGAGACUGCCGCCAGUUCGAGGAAAGGUUUUGUGGUCAUUUCUUCGCACUAUAUUCUAUAUUUGUCGCCGUAGGAAAAUUCCUAACUACUAAUACUGAUUUUUAAAUUAAUACUAAGAGUCCCCCAAACUUUUAGUGUAUUGGAACAAUAAUUUGCCCGGUAACUUGACACUUGUCGCGUGAAACAGGGACAAGCACCCCUUGGAAACAGCUCGCUGUCUAUUAGGGGUUUUUAAACGCCCCUUAGCCCCACUACUAAUUAAUAAGGUAAUAAUUCUCUCUAGUAGGCAAUGUUAUUUCCUUGUAAGUUCGAUAAGAGAAUUUUAUUACCUAAAAAUUAAAAGAAAGCUACCAGUUUCCUUUAAAAUCAUCAACAACACACUUUCUCCGAUUUGCGUGCACGUGGACUUGUCUGCAUCUUACGCCUGGACACAUACAUUGCAACAACAAACAUCAAUCAAACCGCAACU